AUGUCUCUUGCUAACAUCGCCCAGGACUUCCCUCCGGGGAUUGGCAACUUCAUUGCCAUUACGGGCUGGGACUAUACCCUCCACCUGUCUAACAGGCGGCCUGAGAUUCUCAUCCAGCUUUGUCGCAGGGUCGAGGGCUCGUUGCGGGAACCGCCUUCUUUCGCGUUUGCCUUUGACAUCGAUGGUGUUCUGCUUCAUGUCGCCAAGCCGAUCCCUGGGGCCACCAAGGUCCUCAAAUUCCUGAACGAUAACAAUAUCCCUUUCAUUUUGCUCACCAACGGUGGCGGCAAGCACGAGACGGAGAGAGUCAAGGACCUCGAGGCGAGACUCGGCGUGGAACUAUCGACAGAUAACUUCGUUCAGUCCCACACGCCCUUCCAGGAGCUGCUCGAGGGACCGAACAGCCUGCGGGACAAGACCGUCCUGGUAACGGGGUCCGACUACGAGAAAUGCCGCACCAUCUUCAAGGAAUAUGGCUUCCAGAAACGUCAUCACCCCCGGCCGACAUCUACGCCGACCGACCCAACCAUCUUCCCCUUCCAAUCCCCCUCUCCCUACACCACCCCCCUUCCCAACCCCUCCCCAAACCCCUCUACUCCCACCCAGGCCCCAUCCUCAACCCCGCCACCCUCACCUCCCACCUCAAAAUCGACGCCAUCUUCGUCCUCAACGACCCCCGCGACUGGGCCCUCGACCUACAAAUCAUCACCGACCUCCUCCUCUCCCACGCCGGCUACCUCGGCACCUACUCCCCACUCAACCACACCACCCACACCACCACCACCACCCCAACGCACCCCAAAGAAGCCCAUAAAGGUCAAGGAGGUUGGCAAAACGACGCCCAACCCCCCCUCUACUUCAGCAACGCGGACCUGCUCUGGAGCGCCGGCUACCACCUGCCCCGGCUGGGCCAGGGCGCGUUCCAGGCCGCCGUGGCGGGGCUGUGGCGACGGAUUACGGGCGGGGCGGAGUUGCGAAGGUGAAGGGGGGGCGGAGUGGGUGUCGGUGUUGGUGAGGACGGGGGUGUGGAGUGCGGAAAGGGGUGGGAAGUUGGAGGGGGUGUUUGAGCCCAAGGUGGUGGUGGAUGAUGUGAUGGCGGCGGUGAAGUGGGCGUUGAAGAAGGAGGGGUGGGAGAAGGGGCCGGUGGGGGAGGAGAUGAAGUGA